GUUAUGGACUUCUGUGGAAGCGUAGAAUACUACGUAAAUAAAAUUGAUACAGAGUAAUGAACUAAUAAGUUAGCUGAAUAUUUAACAAUUUCAAUCGUGGUAAUUAAGCUAGAUUAUAGGAGCAGAUUGAUAUUCAAACAUCCAGUUCUGACCAUAUUUGUAAUAUAAGCUUAAAUUUUAUGAUCCAUUAUUUUCUCACCUAAUAUCACUAGAUUAAGAUUAUGACUUAACUAGUUUAAUGGCUCAUCAGUCCCACUUGCCUUAACUGGAUUAAGUCUCUCUGAAAAAAUUGAUAGGAAAUGAGACAAUUGGCUUUGUUAAAUGAUGUUUAGUAUUUAAGAUAAUAAUGUUCUGUAGACUAAUAAUACAAUACAAAUUUGCUAGUGCUGAUAGAUGGCGACCUGGAUUAAACCAUCUUGUUUGCCAAAGAACGCGUCCAAUGUUUCAGUCAAGUUGUGCUAAACUUCCCGGUUAAUGUACUGAUAUAAGUACAUACAGGAAAUAUUGACAUGAUCAUCUCAUAUCUGUAGGAAUUCUUUGAAAGGCCGUCUUUUUUUUUGCUAAUUUGCAAGAAGAGGUACUAGGAAGAUGGAAAUUGUUUCAGACAUCGUGAUUGUUGGAGCUGGAAUAUCUGGUCUUGCUACUGCUUUAGCACUUCAAAGGUUGGGAAUAAAAUGUUUGGUGUUGGAAUCAGCAGAUGUCCUGAGAGCAGCUGGGAUCACUAUCACAGUUUGGACUAAUGCUUGGAGGGCUUUGGAUGCUCUUGGGCUCGGCGAUUCACUUAGACAACAGCAUGGCCAGCUUGUUGGGAUAUGUUGUUCAUCUUUAGUUACAGGAGAUUUGACUUCAAAUGUUUCAUUAACAAGCAAGGGGAAAUAUGGAGAUCAUGAAGUUCGAUGUGUGAAACGAAAGUUCCUACUAGAAGCGCUUGCAAAGGAAUUACCAAGUGACACAAUAAGGUAUUCCUCCAAGGUCGUCUCUAUUGAAGAAUCAGGCUCCUUGAAGCUUGUGUGCCUUGCUGAUGGGUCUACUCUUAAGGCCAAGGUAUUGGUUGGGUGUGAUGGGGUGAAUUCAGUGGUGGCAAAAUGGUUAGGAUUCAAGAAACCAGCAUUGUCAGGAAGAUCAGCUAUAAGGGGUUUUGCAUACUAUGAGAAAGGCCAUGGUUUCGAGCCUAAAUUUCAGUUGACGAUGGGAAAUGGUGUUAGAUAUGCUAUUGUUCCCUGUGAUGACAAUGCUGUUUAUUGGUUUUUGACCUGGUUUCCAUCAGCUCAAGAAAACAGGAAACUGCUAGAAGCUGAUCAAUUGAAGCUGAAGCAAUUUGUGUUGAGUAAACUUGGUAAGGUGCCUGAGCAAAUAAGUGUGUUGAUAGGAGACACCGGAGUAGAAGAAAUUGUAUGUUCUCCAAUUGGAUAUAGGCCUCCAUUGGAGGUCCUAUUUGGAAACAUAAGCAAAGACAAUGUAUGUGUAGCAGGGGAUGCAUGCCAUCCAAUGACACCAGAGCUUGGCCAGGGAGGGUCCUUAGCUCUAGAAGACGGUAUCAUUCUAGCAAGAUGUCUUGCCAAUGCCUUUCUAAAUAACUCGAUUUCUCAGAGGAGAUUAGGCUGUGAAAAUGAUUAUAACCACCGUGACAGGAUAAAGAGCGCGUUGAACAAUUAUGCAAACAAGAGGAGAUGGAGAGCAUCUGAACUCAUUUUCACAGGUUAUAUGGUGGGUUGGAUACAGGAGUCUGAUUGGUUUGGUGUAAGGUUUUUACGAGAGAAUUUUCUUUCUGCGUAUUUGUCAGGGUUGUCUCUUAAGAAGGCUGAUUUUGAUCCUAGACAACUAGUGCUGGAAUUAUAACCGGUUCAUGGAGACAGUACUCUCUGCAAGCCUUAUGCUAUAUUCACAAGAUUAGUUGCUUGAACUUAAUGGACCUUAAGUACUUUGUUGACCUCAAGUAGCGCGCUUUUCAUUGAUUGAUCUUCAAUUUAUACUGCUGUAGUCUAGCUGAAUGCUGGCUGAGUCUGUUUGAAGAGUAUUUUAUUGACUUAAAUUGAAUCAUGGAUGACGUUUGUAUUAUUGGUCAUACAAUUUACCAUAUGGCCUC